AUGCCUCUCCUCAGUCCCUCCGGCAAACAUCUCUCCCUCCAUCAACUCAUGGCAAUGUCGACAAUGAUGUCCCUCCCGGCCCAUAGCAAACAUGUGCAACUUCUCAUACCGACUGGCGGAGGAGAAGGAACAUCUGAUGUCGCGGCCCAUCAGUUGUACCUCUCCCAGCCAAUUCAAGACCAUCUGAGACGAGUAUACGACACGCUGUGCGAUCGAGAACGAAGCCUCACCUACGAUAAUUUUGUCUCCUGGCUGGAGAGCACACAAGGUCAACUGAUGGAGGUACCACGCAAAGAAUCAUACCUGUUUGAAGAGUUUUUGGCUGUGCUGUAUUACAAUGAUGGAUUCGAGGCAGUCAAGGAGGCUAUGCCGAAGGACUUGUCCAAACCCAUCAGCAACUAUUUCAUCAGCAGCAGUCACAAUACGUACUUGUCGGGGAACCAGUUGUCUUCGAAAAGCAGUGUGGAUUCCUAUAAGACUGUCCUCCUUGGUGGAUGUCGCUGCAUUGAGAUUGAUGUAUGGGAUGGUGAUGCCGCCGAACCCAUUGCAUCAGACGUAUCGAACUUGUCUACAUCACCUAAGCCGGAGCACAAACGACACCUUUCUGCGACCAACCUCCCUAGUCUAGCAGCUGAGGCAGCUGGAAAAUUUAGCGCUACGUACAAGAGUGUAAAGGACGCAGUCAAGGAUAGAAAGGGUCUUGGUAUACAUCUGCUCGGGAUGGAAAAGGGCAACAAAUCCUCAGAGUCUCUAGCAGAAGGGGAUUUGAUCGAACGCCCUCCGUCAACAAAACCGAUAAGAAAUGGCGAGCCAAUCGUUCUACAUGGAUGGACCCUGACAGCACCAGUUGGCUUCAGAGAUGUCUCUCAAACUAUUCGAGAAACAGCCUUCAAGACGAGCGAGCUUCCGAUUAUCGUUAGCUUGGAAGUUCAUGCCAACCUGGAGCAACAGCAGAUCAUGGUUGAUAUCAUGAAAGAAGAAUGGAAAGGGAUACUCAUUGACGUAGCGCACGAGACGUGCAAUCCCGAUGAACGAGUUCCCAGGCUUGACGAAUUGCUGGGCAAGAUCCUCGUCAAAGUCAAAAAGUCAACCUCCCCGACUCCAGAAGUCCUUUCUACCAGCACCCUAGGCCCACUCCACUACCGCAACCCGAGCAACAACUCUCUGGGGCCCUCCUCCAAACCCUUUUCAUCAAGCAGCAACUCCCUCGCGCCUGUUAACUCCCGCCAUGAAGGCGACUCCUGCUCUGGCUCCGAAGACGAACGGUCCAGCAAGAAGAAAACCAAAAUCUGUGAAGCCCUCUCAAACCUAGGGAUCUACACCCAUUCCGAACACUUCAUUGACUUCACUGCAAAAAAUUGCAUGAAACCGUCACAUAUCUUCUCCAUUUCUGAGAACCAGAUUCUAGAACUCCAUGAAAAGAAAAGAGAGGAGAUGUUCGCCCACAAUCGCGACUACUUCAUGCGCGCCUAUCCCGCUGGCUUCCGCUUCGACUCUUCCAACCUCGACCCUUCACUCUUCUGGAGGAAAGGGGUGCAGAUGGUAGCGUUAAACUGGCAGAACAUUGACGAAGGCAUGAUGCUUAACGAAGCCAUGUUCGCCGGCGAGAAAGGCUGGGUCCUCAAACCACCCGGGUACCGCUCCGAUACGUCUGAGACCAUCGCCUACAAGACGCUCCAUCUAAAGAUCACGAUAUAUGCGGGACAGAAUAUCCCUAUACCGCAAAAUCAGGAACACGGAUUCCAUCCAUAUGUCAGGUGUGAAUUGCAUGUGGAGAAACCGGAUGAGUCUAAGACAGUCGAGAUGGUUGAAGGGAAUGGACGAGCAAAAGGUGGAGAGUAUAAGCAGAAGACGCCGUAUGGGAAAGGGGACCACCCUGUUUUUGGAAAUGACGGCAUCCUGUUGGAUUUCCCCGUGGUGACUGGCGUGCUGGAAGAGUUGAGUUUUGUCAGGUUCAAAGUCGAAAACGCAAAGUACACCAUGGACUCGCUGGCCGCGUGGGCCUGCGUCCGACUCGACCGCCUGCAGCAUGGAUACCGCUUCUUGCGAUUAUUCGAUGUGAAGGGCGCGGCGACCCGAGGCUUGAUCCUGAUCAAGGUUGAAAAGACGGUAUCUUAA